AUGCGCUUCCUCCGACAUGUAGCGGCAAGCACGUUAGCUGCUACGCAUGUCGCGUACGGCUUGGAUAUCAUGAUCAACGAUACGAAAUCCAUCGACAGCGGAUUGAGCACGAUUGCUUAUGGAAUGGUCAAAUACUACCAUGGAAAUGAGAGUGGGAUGAUUCCUGGAGAGCUUGGAGACCCAUACUACUGGUGGGAGUGCGGCGCCAUGUUCAACUCGCUCAUCAACUACUGGUAUUAUACUGGUGAUACCACGUACAAUGAUAUUGUAAAGCAAGGCAUGUUAUGGCAGGUCGGACCGGAUAAUGACUACAUGCCACCAAAUCAAACGAAAGCAGAAGGAAACGACGACCAAAUUUUUUGGGCGUUCGCGGCAAUGAGCGCUGCCGAAUUGAACUUUCCUAAUCCUUCCGCCGAUGAACCUCAAUGGGUCGCCUUAGCCCAAGGCGUGUUUAACAGCCAAGCCGCCCGCUGGGACUCACAGUACUGUGCUGGUGGUUUGAGGUGGCAGAUAUUUACGUGGAACAACGGCUACGACUACAAGAACUCGGCUUCCAACGGCGGCCUGUUCAACCUAGCGACUCGACUCGGUGCUUAUACUGGAAAUCAGACCUACUUCGAUUGGGCAAAUAAGUUAUGGGAGUGGAUGCAUGACGAUGUGGCCUUGAUUGGAGACGACUACCAAGUCUUUGACGGCACCAGCAUAGACGAUAAUUGCACUUCUCUGGAUCACACGAGAUGGACAUACAAUCAAGGCAUGAUACUCAACGGAGCGGCCACGAUGUGGAACCAGACCAACACCACGGAAUGGCGAGAACGGACACAAGGUCUUUGGAACGCUUCCAGCGUCUUUUUCACAGAGGAAAUGAUCAUGAGGGAGGUUUGCGAGCCAACGACAAACUGCAAUACUGAUCAAUUGAGUUUCAAAGCGUAUUUGGCACGUUUCAUGGCCGCGUCGACAAAAGUGGCGCCUUGGCUUUACGACCAGAUGAUGCCCUACAUCUACAAGUCAGCAACAGCAGCAGCCCAGCAAUGCGGCGGUGGCUCCGAUGGAGUCACAUGCGGCAUGAAAUGGACGCAGAACUCAACUUGGGACGGUAGCUACGGGGUGGGCCAGCAGAUGUGCGCCUUGGAGGUAAUACAGGCAACAACAAUCAAGCAAACGACAGCGCCAGUAUCAGCCGACAAUGGUGGCACCUCGAAAGGAGACCCCAGUGCAGGGACAAGUGGCGACACUACGGAUGCCGCGGCGCCGACAGAUCCUAUUACGACUGGAGACAAAGCCGGUGCCAGUGUGUUGACCGUCGUCGUGCUGAUUGGGACGUGCAGCAUGUUCUAUUGGCUUGCCACAUAA